AUGGCGAUCGAGAUAGAACGAUCUCCCGUCAAAAAGGUGGUAAUGCCGUCAUUCACCGCCACAGUACGCCUAAAGGUCUCUCGAACGUAUCUCAGCGACAUCGCGUUCGUUGCCGGCAAUGCGCGGUUAAAUUUCCUCACCAUUACUGAAAGCCGGCUAAAAACCAUCCCGAGCACCAUCGUACAUCUGGUAGCGUUGGAAACGGUCGCAAUAACAAAAUCACCCAUCGAAACGGUCAACUUGUGGCUGUUCAGCAAGCUGACGCGUCUGUACGAGCUUAAUCUGUGCAGUAACAAAAUUCUGUUUCUUCAUCUGCCGGCCACAUCUGCAGGCGAUUUCGCGAGCUUGCGACUGUUGUUUCUGGCGGACAAUCUGCUGACCACGAUCAACUUGGGCGCGUUCAACGGGAUGCAGGCACUGCAGACGCUAGACUUCCAGAACAACCAGAUCCGGCGCGUGCAAGGGGCGCUGGUGUCGAAUAGCUUGCAAACGCUCGAACUGUCCGGGAACCGUUUGGAGACGCUGUACUGUUGCGAGUGGCAUCUUCCCAAUUUGAACCACCUCGCGUUGAGUCAAAAUGUGCUGUCGAUGUUACCGACCUGCCUGUCUUUGACCAUGCCCAACGUGCUGUACCUGAUACUCGACAGGAACGCACUAAUCGAUAGCGAUACGUGGUACAACAUCUUUACGCUGAAACGUUUGCAACAGCUAGACAUUAGCCACAACCGGCUGACGAAGGCAGUCUUGGACAACAUUUCGAAUUCGCUGCUGUUUCUCGACCUGCAGUACAACAACAUAACAGUGCUGCAUGUUCCGGUUGCGCGCAUGGGUUUGAGAAUUACUGCAUCUUACAAUGCGAUCGACACGUUCGAUAUCAAAAGUCUGUCACCGAACGUUACGACGCUAGAAAUGUUUUGCAACCCAAUCGACUGCUCGUUCGAUCGUGCACGCAUGCAGAUUGGUCAAGAGACGUAA